CCGGCACCGCGCCGGACGUGCAAGCAGUGCUGAACGAAAUGGAGGAUUACCAGGUUGUCGUGCGCAACUGUCUUGGGUCUCACACGCUCGUGAUGAGCGCCACGAUGAAGGCGCUGGACCCGAGAUACGAGCCCGGCUCGACAAAAGGGUACGUCGUGUUCCGGACCAACCGAGUGCUGUCUACCGACAGGCAGUGGUUCACCUUUAGAAGGUACAAACUCUUAGUGUGGUGGUCCUAUUCGGUGCCAAUUGGCGUCCCACACGUGAUGUGCGGUUUCCGCGAUGACCGUGGGAUUGUGCAGACCGUCGAAGAGUUUCAAGUGCGCCAGAUACCCGAGAAGGCAAAGGCUUCCAAAGCAACUGCUCUUUUCGCAACUGGGGGCAUCCACGGCCACAACACUGCCGCCCCGCUUCCACGCAAGCGCAGCGCUCUCGGGUUGCAUUUGUCGUGCGUCACAAAUGUAACUACUGCUGACUAG